UCAUGAGAGAGACUCGUGUAUUUUUAAGGUUCUGCGCAAGUUUUGCGCAGAGUGGAUGCGCACGAACACACAGCGGUCUUAUCACAGAGGAGGCGUAAAAACGUUAUUGUGUUCAUCUGUGUCGGGCGAAUUCUAACGUUACCGAUCAAUUUUAGUCAGUAAACGAACAAUGAGUGAUCAUCCGGUGACUAGCAGAUGAGCCAAAUCUGAUCGUCGCUGAAAGAAAGAGGCGAAAUCUCGGCUAUUUUGUCAGCAUGGCUAGUUGCGGUGAGGUUAAUCUUUCAGUGGACUCCCUGACUUCAGGCAAGAAGGUGAGUGGGGAGUCUGUGACAGAGGGAAGUCCGUCCCCUUCGUCUCCUUCGCUGCCCAUUCCAGAGUGUGCAAUCUGUCUGCAGAGCUGCGUCCACCCCGUACGCCUGCCAUGCCACCAUAUUUUCUGCUUCCUUUGCGUGAAAGGAGCUUCCUGGCACAGCAAACGCUGCGCCCUGUGUAGAGGGGAAGUGCCUGAGGACUUCCUGGAGCGUCCCACUUUGCUCUCGCCCGAGGAGCUGAAGGCUUCGGCGACGGGUGGACGUGGGACGGGGACUGGUGGCCACGCCUGGUACUACGAGGGACGUAAUGGAUGGUGGCAGUACGAUGAGCGGACAAGCCGAGAGCUAGAGGACGCGUUCAACAAGGGCAAGAAGAGCGCCGAGAUGCUGAUCGCCGGCUUCCUGUACGUGGCCGACUUGGAGAACAUGGUGCAGUACAGGAGGAACGAACACGGCCGCAGGAGGAGGAUGAAGAGGGAUGUGGUGGACAUCCCUAAGAAAGGUGUGGCUGGAUUAAGACUCGAUCCAGAUCCCAAUCCCAGUCCCGCAUCGGGAUCAGGAACUGUUCCCGCUGCAGCGCCCGCAGUUGUGGAUUUAAAUGGAACAGUAGAUGGCGCCACAGCGGAGCGAGAGAGUUCGGCAGAUGGCGCGGACACUGGAGUCAGCGGAGGACGUCCUCAAGGUGUCUUUGCUUCUGCUCCCGUAAGGCCGCCAACUGUCUUGGGCGGUCACCUGACCAGCCCUGCUUCCUCCGGCGAUAUUCAGCUUGUACAGGCUCUCUCUCAACUCAAUAUGAAUCCCACCGAGCAAGAAACAGAAGAGGAAGACGCAGAUGACGAAGACGAUUCGGCUGCUCCGGAUCCCUCGGGGUACGAAUCCGAGUCUGGCACGAGCGAGGAUGAAGAUGAGCAGGCUGGGGACGAAGGUGAAGACGAGCACACAGAAGGCUCCCAGGGCAGGCAUAGACUGCAUCAGUUGGACAGACCGCCCCCUGGUGGUGGCCCGGCGCAUAGCGGGAAUCGCUCUGGGUGCCCCGACGGUCAGUGCACCGUUACGAAGGUCUGACCGCAGCACAACUACAGAACUCCUACCCAACUCCCACAACCGCUGGGUAUUUCUAACCAAUCUCUGAAAUGCAAAAAAUUAAACGAAUGAACCAUUCAAAUCAAUGAAACACGGUCUUGGAUAAGGGUGGAGGAUUGGGGCGGAUGGUUUUAGUGUAAGAAUAGUGCUUGUCUUUCUCUUUCAGUCUUAGAGGACUGUACCAGGGCUGUACUUUUUAAUGGAAAUUACAGGCAAAACUACAAUAAACUUGCUUUUAUCAUGCCUAGAAUACUGUAAAUUGGUCCAACCAUUACACUUUAAUUUGCAUUCAUGUAAUUGUAUUCACAAUAAAACUACUUUUCUCCCUGAAAUUAAAAGGAAAGUGUAUAAAGUAUAUUUUGCACAAGCCUGUUUUAAGCCUUUUGUGAGCAUUAAGAUUUGUUUUCAUAACAAUUACGCACAUUUCAUCCUAAACUCUCAUUACUCUAAUGCAUUUGUUUUAUUAGUUAUUAUUCUCAGUGCUGAUUUUCAUUUGAUUCUUAUUACUGUGCUACAGACAUUUAUCUAAAAGUUGUAUUUAUUAUUAUUGCAUUAAUGAGAAUUUGCUUAAUUGUACACAAUUUCACAAUGCAAAGAAAUCUUAAUGAUCUACAGUACAGGCUUCACCUUUAUGUAUUUAAAAAAAAAUUUUUUUUAAUUGUUUUUUUCUUUUGAUUUUUAGGGUGAAAUGUGACCCAAACAUGUUCUUCAGGUUCCUGUUUUCCAGUCAUGAGAUUGCAUUACAUCUAGAAUGGCUCAACACCAUUAUUCCAUUGGUUAUGGAGUCAUAGAGUAAUAAUGUGCUGUGGUGUAAUGAAAUUAAAAUCUUUUCAUAAAAAUAUGCCAUAUCAGCUUUUACCCUGAGGCUUCUGCAAUGCCAUCAGAAAAUAAUUGGUUUUAAUGAUAAAAUAAAAUUGUAUCUCUUGGUAGGAAACCCAUAUGCAUUGCAUCUUUACUAGUUUUAUUAUUUGAAUAUCGCAAUUGUGCUGUAGAUCAAAAUGCCUGACUUUAUAAUUUGCAAACAAGUGGUAAGAAAGCCUUGGGUUGUUUUGAUGAAAUGACAAGCAUUAGAUGCAAAACCAGCAUAAUUUCAAAUGCAAAACCUAACGAGAAAAGAAUUUAUUGUAGUUUUGCCAAGGAUUCCUCUUUAACACGCUCUAGUCAUUAGAAAACCUUCAGUCAUCUUACAUUUACUACUUCUAGUGAUUCAUGAUGUGAGGUUUAAAACUCUUUAAUGGCACGUGUGUGUGCAUUUGCGUUUAUUUUAAGUAACUUGUCUUUAUUGUCUCAGUCUCAUCUUGGUGUGCUUUAUCUAUUUCAUGGAUUUGCAUGUGUUGCUGUGAGCAAGGAUGGAGCCCUGGACUAUGGCGCUUUGAACUCUGGGAAAGGCGAGUUUCAUCAUAUUGUAAUUUCUAGAUGUAAAGUAGUCCUCACACUGCAGCACACCGAGUGAGUGAGUGGUUUUCAAGCAUAGGUGUCCGAUUUGAAGUUUUUAAUUUUAAUGUUAUUUUUAACCCUGCUAAUUCUCAUCUCCAUUUGUUCAGGUUCUUUGUUGUCAACAAAACAAAAUGAAACCUAAAAUCAAGAAUAACUUCUUUUUGGUGUAUUUUUAUUUAAACUGUGUUUUGUUGUAAAACCAGGUUUAUCUGAGAAAUAAAGUGUUGUCUGUUACCUGUCUGAG